AGCAGAACACAUAUACAUAAGAGCUGGUGCUUUUCUUUAAGGGCAAGCUAACCGAAGAGAAAACUUUCAGAAGAGAAAACCUGUGAAAAUGGUGCAUUUGGGGCGGUCAUGGCAGAUCAAAAUGUCAAUCAUAGUUUUAAUGGCGGUUGCAAUUCUGGCUGUGAUGUCUGAAGAGGAGAAUGUGAAGAACACUGUUGAGCAAGUUGUGGAAAAGAAAGAGGAAGAUGGAAAACAGAGCCCGGAAUGCAUGAAGGGCACGGUCUCAUGCACCUGGGAUAAGGUCAAAUCAUUCAGCAAUUCGGCCUUUCAGAGAAUACCAUCUGUGAAGAAAACAGGAGAAGUAGUGACGGAUUCAGUUUCUAAGAGUUAUGAGCAAGGGAAAGGGUCUGCGGUAAAUACAGGGGAGAAAAUCAAGCAUAGUUUUGGGCCUGAGGAGCUCUGAACAGAAUGAAUUCUGGCUAAAAUAUCUGCUUUGAUUAUGGGUUUUCCUUCUCGGGGCUUUUGGAUUACGUGGUAUAUGUUGUUUGGGACUAUAUCCAGUUGUUUGAAAUAUAAAUUUUUGUAAUAAUUUAUAUGUUGUGCAUGAUUUUUGCUUUAAGUUCUGGUUUAUACUUCGAUGGGUAUGAAACUGUAGAGCAAACAUUUCAUGAGUCGUAUUAGUAUUUUUCUGGUGUGAAUUGAAAUAAAUAAUUUGGAGAAGCUCUCAUGGCGUUAUUUGAGAUUGGAUUUAUCGUCUUCCAGAAUUUUAUAAUGAUAUGAAUGAGACAUAGAUCUAAAUUCCGUCA